AUGGCGUCCAGCUGUGCGGUGGUGACGGGGCCGCCGACAGUGACCUCGCUGGUGUCGACAACGACUGUCCUGGCCACCCAAGUCUCGACGGCUCCCGACUCGACACUGACAACCUCGACAGCCGUGGUGACCUCGAAUUGCCUGCUGCCGACGGUUCUGGGACAGCUGGCGUUGUGCCAGACCACGACGAGCUUUGCGCCACUCGAGACGGUCGUGCCCGGCUCGGUCCUGCAAGUAACGAGCACAGGACAGUCGCUCGUCACCGUCGUCCAGACGCUGCCGGGAGCGACGAGCACAGUAUGCGAGGCCGUUCAGACGACUCCUCCGCCCAGCUCGAGCAGUCCGUCCUCGACAACAACGACGACGACGCCACGACGGACUACGACUACCCCGCCACCAGUCCUCGUGCCGUCCCCGUCAGCUACAACAUCGUCAGUACCUUCUUCCUCAUCCGCCGUCGCGCCGUCGACCCCGACCUCCGACUCAACUUCCUCUCCCGAUCCUUCCAGCAGCAGCCCAUCUCCCAUCGACGUGAUCUCUCCCUCAUCUUCUGAUACCCCUACACCGACUACACCUCCUUCGACCGCGACCGAAAUCGUCGACGGACCCCGCCGCUCAACUUCCUACAUCACCUCCUAUGUCACCGUCGUCGACUCGUCCGGCCAGACACUCACAUCCGCAUCGACCAUCCCCACGCUCCUCAACAUCCCCGGCUCAAACACCUCGCGUGCAAGUCCAGGCGCGAUCGCAGGCGGAACAGUCGGCGGGAUCGCUGCCCUCGCACUCGCGGCGUUCUUCCUCUGGAUGAUGCGGAAACGGGGUUACUUUCGUCGAGGGGAUGAGCAGAUUGAGGAGGACGCGUGGGACCCGGCGGGACAUGGGGACUAUUUUGCGGGAGGCGGACGAGGCGGGUCGAGGAGGUCUGCGGCGGGAAUGGCGGGGGUUGGCGCGGGCGGAGGACGGAGUUCGCCUGGAAACAGCAGCGACGAGAAGCACGACCCGCUCUCGGAGAAGGACCGCGAGAUCGAUGCGGCGACGCUCGAGCGGCACAAGAGCUGGUACCAUCGCAGUAUCGCCAGUCACGGCGACGACCUCGACCUCGAGGAGGCGUACGGCGGCGAGAUGACUCAGCCUGCGGCAUUCGGGUACUUGCCGACGACGAACGAGAGCGUCGGGCGACGAGCGUCGACUUAUGUCGCUCCUUCCGCCGCUCCGCCUCGGAGGUCCAUGUCGACCGCCAUGUCGGUCGCGUCGCGCUCGUCGCACUCGCACGAGUCUUACCCUAGCCGACACCCUUCCCUCGACGCGGACCGCCGGAUGUCGCACCCCACCCGGCGUCCUUCGCUCGAUGGAGACCGACGCGUGUCGCUGGCGCUUCCGAUGCAGUACCCGUCUUUCCAGUCUUUCGUUCCCCCUCCUGAGGGCUAUAUCGACGAGCCCGCCUCCUACGCCUCUCGCUCGCCUCCCCUCCCUCAAGCGCCAGUGCCAGCCAUCGCGCGCCCAAAAUCCGCCUCUCCCCCAAUCGUUCAGCACUCGCCGUAUCCGACCGUUUCGCGCCAGAGCUCGCUGCCCGGCUUGCAAGGCCACCUCCCCAUUCACAUGCGGUCUGCCUCGCUUGGCGGUCGUCCGACACUCAGCGCCAUCCAAGCAGGUCGACCUUCGACGCACUCUCGCACCGUCACGAGCGACUCGAUGUCGACCGUCUCCACGCCGCAGAGCCACUACAUGCCCGCGCUCACCUCCUCCGCAAGCGAGUCGACCCUCGUCUCGACCAUCCCUUCCACUCCUUCGACCUCCCUCGCGCACGACAAGUCCUCCUUCCUCGCUACUCCGCCUCUCCCCGUCUUGCCCAACAUCGAGCGCCUCAAAGUCGAGCACCCGAAGCGUCCCUCGAUGGACCGCAACGUCUCGUCCGACUCGAUUUUCCACCCGUCUCAAUGGCUCGGCGCGAGGGUCGUCAACGCGGAUGACAGUCGCAGUACGACGACUACCGCCGAUACCGAUACCGAGACAAUCGCGAGCAACGUCCUGGCGGGCGAGAGCUCGGAUAGUCUCGCCGCGGCGGAGAUGAUUUCGCGGGCGCAGGUGCGGAUCGAUGGCGCUCGAUAA